CACAUCCCAAAAGCUCUAGCAUUUUUGCAUCACAUUCAUCAGAAUCUCCUAAUCGUUCCAUCGCCCUGGAGGAAGAGAGGCAAAGCAGCACACACAAAACUCAUCGCCAUCUUCGCGUUCAUUUGGAGUUGUUCGCCGUCUUACGCAGAUUGCAGCAGCUGAAAAUCAAGUGUUUUUCUGUGUCAUUAUUGUAGGAACGAAACUGGCUUCCGGUGUUUAGCCUUUAGUGUCCGUGCGUGUGUGUAUGUGCGCACCCGUUUGUAUACUGUGAACCGUUAGUAGGCUCGGAUAUUGUGUCUGAUAAGAAGUAUCGUUUCUCAUUGGUGGAUUGUGAUUGUUGGAAUUUGGGAGUGAAACAAGUUCUUCGAAUACGUUUUAUGUGAGGGAGUGAAUUGAAGCACAAUAAGUGCCUUAUUUACAGCCUAUUUGUGAUGGUUCAUUUUUUCUUCGUAAAUCUGUGGCAUACGCAUUUAAUAUUACCGUUGACAAACUCAAUUCCGAUGUUUGGAUACAAUGCAGAUCAUCUCGGAUAAGCCAUCUGGAGGGGCGGAGCCGAUGAAACGAUGAAAGAUACUGUAUGCAAAUUACGCAAACAGAAAGAAAAAGUAGCAGCAGCAGCAAAACACGCACAGUAGCUGGAUUGAAAUUGUGUACAAAUAUUUUACUCGGAGGAAAGAUCAACAAGCUACAGCAAAAACAAGCGCAAGGAUCAGAACCCAAAACCAGCCGAGAACGAGAUAUAACAUUGUGAGGAUUCUCCAUAAGUGGUGCCUAGAAGCCAGAUGACGGCGAAUAAAGAGGCCUAUCACGAAGGCUGGCUGAUCAAAUCGCCUCCGACGAAGCGAAUCUGGCGAGCGCGAUGGCGACGUCGCUGGUUCACACUGAAGCAGGGCGAGCUACCGGGACAGUAUUUCCUCGAGUAUUACACCGACCGCAAGUGCCGAAAGCUGAAGGGUAUCAUAGAUUUGGACCAGUGCGAGCAAGUAGAUGCCGGUUUGCGAUUGGAUCGGCAAAAGGAGAAAUACGCUCACAUGUUCGAUGUGAAAACUCCAACGAGAACCUACUAUCUGGCGGCGGACACCGAGGCAGACAUGCGCGGCUGGGUGGAGUGCAUCUGUCAGGUGUGUAAUCUGCAAGAAACGCAAACCGUAGACGAUCGGCCGUACCAUAAUAUCGGGGCAAUUGCGAUGGCGGAGGGUGGGUCGAAUACGACUGGGCACGGUUCGAUUAUGGAUCAACAGGAUGAGUCCAAUGCAACGGUGAUUACAAUGCUGAACACUUCGAUGGUGGGUGACACCCAAGAACAACAACCUUCAGUACAGCAACAGCAGCCCCAACCGAGACAGUCGUUGAUGUCCAGCUACAAUCCGUACGGAACGUACCAGAACGAGGAGGUGAUGAACCUGCGAGGAACGGAAUACAGUAAUAGGGAAACGAUAAUUUGCGAAGCGAAGUUGAAUCAAAACCAAACGAUGAGAAAUACCAAUGCCGAAGCGUACUCCAAUCUUGGAACAAUCGAGCGCUCACAAUCCCUCCGUGGGAAACCCAACUCACCGGAGAAGGCAAACUCCGGACACUUAUCCCUGGUAAAUCACACGAGAACGCAAUCGCUCAACACAGACCAGAAGUUCAACACUUCCACUCCGGCCAACAGUGGUAAGAAGAUUCCCGAGAAUUUGAAACUGGGCGAACGUUCAGUCGGCUUCGAAAGUGGCCCCGAGCAACCGUCACCCGCGCUGAGCAACUCUUCUGGACCGUACAUACCGAUAAGUGAGUGCUUCUCCGGUAGUCCAAUGUUGCACUCUCCAAUCACACCCCUGAAUUCGUUGGAUCCACGGUUCUAUGAUACCCCACGCAGUCACACCAACAUCGGGUUCAAUUUGGUUAGCAAUGAGCAGCCCUACUCACCGAAGCGGAAUAAUUUGGGCGGAGCGGGUGUCAUCACAUCGGCGAACAGUGGCUCAAUCUGCUCGAAGGCAACCCGUAGUGGUAAAUCUAGUCCGUCCGAUUCGGAGAGUGUUUUCACCGAUGACGAGUGGACGGCUUCUUCUGCUGCGGAGGCACCUAGAACGAAAGAUCGAAACACCAGACCAUCGGAUAGCUCAAUUGAGAACGAUACCAUCGGGUGGACAUACGUUCAGCGGUUCGCGAAGGUGGCGCAAGAUGAACAGGAAAGCGUUGCAAGCGUUGCAACUGCUCCUCCCCCGAGGCCACCGAAGAGAACCAGCCUUAUCUUGGAGAGUAUUGAUAGACACAAGGACAUUCAAUCGUCAGACACUGAGAAUGCUUCCCCUGCAAUUGGACCAAAGGACGCAAGUUCGUGCGUUGAGGAAUUCUACGACCUUCCCAGGUCCCAUCAACCGAGUCAGUAUAGUGGUAGCAACAUGCACCUAUCGGAAGCUGAUUUGCUCUCGUCUCUCAGCCAGUGUGACUUGGUGGCAUCAAGCACACCGAAUCUGUCCAGCGAGGUGGGCAGUCAGUGCGGAACGCUGGGUCGCAUAAGGCCGCAUUGCUACAGCAAUGCGGCUCCGCAAAGGGUCGAGGGUAAUGUAUUCCGGUUUGAUUUCAGCGAACAGGGUGACGCUCCAGCGAUUAAUCGAAAUUUGAAGCCGAAAUCUACCGUUGAUAUCACCAAAUCGGUUGAAAGUGUUGCACACGGGGUGAAACAGGUGAAUAGUUCGGUUGUUGCUCCAACCAGUGUGGGAACGCCAGGUACCCUGACAAAGCCACCACCAACCGUGGAUAGAACAAGGAAGCCUACAACUCCUAAGAUUGGCACAAAUUCCAUGCGACGUAAAGGUGGACCAGUUCUAUUGAACAUACAAAAUAAUAACGAAAAUGUGUAUGGAAAUACACAGGAUCAUGGCACACAGCACUUUUCCGGAAUUAUGCCAAGAACUCCCGGCAAAAAUGAUGAUCGUCUACAGUACCUAGACUUGGACCAUUCGAACAGUCCGCAGAAAUCCCAUGCCCUUAAUCAUCAUACCGGAAGUGGUACCCACUCGUCAACUGCACUGGCUAGUAAUACUGCAACCAAUCACACCGGUCCAUCCGCCACUGCAGGAGGUGGCAACAGUCUGGCUCCGCCAGUGAUUGCCCGAACACCCUACACAACGGUCGACUUCGUAAAGACCGAUGCAUUCAAUCGAAUUCGGGCCGAUUCCGAGAUGAACCGCAACCAAUCGCGGUUAAAAGAUCAAUCAUAGAAAAGGUCACGUGAGUUUUUUUUAUUGGAUUUUUAAUGCUACUAUGACGACCAUCUAGUGGACUCGAGAUGGAUAUAGCUUGUAUUGGAUCGCGAAAUGUUAUUCUGUCACAGAAUUUCGUUUAUAACGUAUAUUUUAGAAGUCGCGAAACGAAUCUGCACAAUUUAGUGGUUAAGACAAAAUUUCAAUCCAAUCAAGUGCAAUUAUGUGUUUGCCUUAUUACGUAAAUAGGUUAGUAGAACUCUCACAUGCUUUACCGAAAAGGAAUUUUAAAUUUUUUCCAUGAAUUUGUGCAACGCAAGAAACGAAUGAACGAACGAUCGAACAAAUGAUUACACUACUAUGCAUGUUUAGUACAAUUUCAACAAUAGGACACUGUGAUUUCAGGAGAAGCCCCCCAAAAGAUGAAAGCAUUUAUUCAUGCAGGUUGAACGCAUAAGUUUUUAGCUUAUGUUUGUAUUAUAUCCGAUUUAUAACAGUAUUGAAGUGAUCUGCAUUCAAAGUUUUGGACCGUAAUUCUUCAUCUCAGAAUUGCAUGUUUUUACAAGAUAAAAAUUGAACCAAAAGAAAAUUUAUCGAUAUUUGCCUUUGACUUUUUAAGGUUGUUUUUCAUACAUACCCGUAUACUCGUUAACCCUUUCCCGUACAGCAUCGAGUCUCAUUCGUGGUGUACUUGCAUAACAAAGGGCGCUAGAACGCUCAGCAGAGUAGUGAGAUCACUUGAUGUGUGAAUUAAAUAAUACGGGAAGGGGUUAAGAAAUUGUUCCAAUGUUUGUUAGAAAUCUUCACAUUUCUUGAAUAGUAUAUCUUCUAUUUUAGGAAAAAAAAUAUAAUGUGGAAAUUUUGCUGAACGCUUUCAGGAUAUGCAAAGUAUAUAAAGAAAAAAAAGGAAUGUUUGGCU